UUAAUCAUUAAUGUGAUACAAACUGUUUUAAUUAGUUUCACAAAGUAUUGUUAAAAGAGAAAAACACAAUAUUGAUCAUAUUAUGAUACCAUAAAUGUAUUCUGAACCAUAAUUCUUAUAGAUCUGUGUGUAGUGCAAACGGUGUAGCUUAUAUCGUUAAUUUCUUACAUAUAAUGAACGUUAUAAUGUUUGUUAAAUGCUCCUCUAAGUUUUUUUCUUUUUAUUGACAGUUUUAUAAUAAUUUAGUUGGCUGGAAAAAAUAUUUAGGUCCAUAAAAACUUUUAUAUUUAAUUGUACAUUCAUCUAACUAGAUAUGAAUAAAAGAAGUUUACUUCUAAUUGUAUUUAUUUUCUACAUUUAUGUAACAAUAAUUCAAUGUAAUGAAUUACCACCAUGUUACAACCAGCCUGCAGAAUCUUGCCCAUUACAAAAUAAAUGUAAAUGUGUGAAAACUGGUGAUUCGGCAUUAUUUUGCUGCCAAGUUCAGUCGAAUGAAGAUUUGAUAAAAAACUUUGAGUGUUCAGGUGCUAAGUUAUCAACAAUCACAGCCUUACACAUUUACAAUAUGACAGCUGACAAUUUUAAUUUUGGAAAAUUUUCACCAGAAUUAAGCCGUUUGAUCUCAUUUUCAAUUACAAAUAGUUAUAUUAAUCGACUACUUGGUCGUUUAGAGUACAUGCAUCAAAUCACUUGCUUAAAUUUAUCAAAUAAUGCUUUUGGUACAGAAUGGCAAGAUCCUCUAGCAUUGGAAAAUCUUAAAAUGUUAGCUAUGUUAGAUUUUUCCAAUGUAAAUAUAUCAAGUUUACCUACCAUAAAAAGUCAAGUGCCAAUGUUUUGGCUGGAUGUUUCAAAUAACAUAAAGAUUCACUGUGCAAGUCUUCUAGAUCUUAUGGAAAGAUCAAGAAAUGCCAAGUACAAGUUGUACUUUAAAAAAUAUAAUGAAACAUUUUGUAUGUCAUCACUGUCAUUUCAUUGGUUCAACUCUACUGAAAAGGUUGCGUUAAAUCAAGUGGAAAUAAUUAACAAGCUAUAUGAAGACUGUCCAUGGAAUUGUAGUUGUAAAUGGCAUGGCAUAGAAAUGGUACAAGAAACAAAGACAUUGCAUACCGUAGAAGUAGAUUGUUCAAAUAAGCAACUAUCAAGUUUACCAGAAAACCUGCCAGAGAACACUGUGUUAUUAAAUGUCACUAAUAAUAAUAUCACCAAUAUAGAUGUAUUGGUAACAGAUCAAACUUACAAAACUUUGAGAUUUUUCUAUGCUGAUGAAAAUAAAAUAUCUAACCUCUUGUCAUUGGAAGGUUCGACUUUUAUAGAAAACUAUGCUGUUUUGAGUUUGAAACUAAAUCAAUUGAAGACAUUGCCUAUGUAUAUACUUCAAAAUUCCUUUACUAGAUUUGAGGGACAUAUUGUGAACUUGGGUGGAAAUGAACUUCAAUGUGACUGCAGUACUGCAAAAUCGUUAAAGAUAUGGUUGUUAACAAAUCAUAUUCAUAUUCCAGAUUACAAUGAAAUUUUAUGCAGUAAUAUGCAGUACAAAGUCAAAGUAAUAGAUUUGGAUCAAAAAUUAGUGUGCAUUAAAAAAGCUGAUUGGACACACUAUAUGUAUUACGUGAUUGCUGCUGAAUUGUCAGUACUUUUGCUGUUAAUUGGAAAAGUUUCAUAUGAUUAUUGGGUAUUCAAAACAGCUGGAUAUUUGCCAUGGCCUGCUUCCAAAAUGCCAAAGCUGCCUUGUGACUGGAUAUUUGAGUAAUGAAGUGUUGCUUCAUGGGCUUAAAAGAAAUAUUGUAAUAAAAGUUAGUUAUCUAUAAGAAGACUGUUUUAUUAUGAGCUAUUAAUUACAUAUACAAACGCUACAUAUGCUAACAAUAAGUUACCUUAGUGCCUUAAACAUUGUGCCUUGAUAUAUUAUUUAUUAUAUAAGAUUAUUAUAUAUUUAUACAUUUUAAUUACUUUUCGAGAAGUUUUUCGAACAAAAAUUAUUUUUAAUUUUUAUUAUUAUU